GCGGCGAUACGAGCGCUGCGGUUGAAUUCUCCAUCCGCUCGUCAAACUGCAGAAGAAGCAGCUGCUUCACAACAUUCGGCGCAAUGGAGUCGAACGAUGCAGGUCGAGGCGGCUGGAAGACUCAUCAGAAGAGUAAGAUGAAUGUGAUCAUGCGACAGGAGGAGCUGAUCGCUCAGAAGAAGAGAGAGAUCGAGGCCAGACUGAAAGAACAGGCUCAGCUGAGGCAGAAGCCCAUCCAGAACCAGAACCAGAGCCUGGACCUGGACCAGAACAAAACCAGCAGUUCUCCUCCCUCACAGGAAUCUUCAUCUUCAUCAUCAUCAUCAUCAUCAUCGUCGUCAUCAUCAUCCUCAAAUAAGUUUGUGAAUGACGGCAGUUUCCUGCAGCAGUUUCUAAAGAUGCAGCGAGAGAAAUCCAGCGCUGAUGAAGGAUCGGCCGGCUCCGCCCCCAGCGCACAGAGCCCGCCUUCGGGCGGAUCUCAGGCUCAGAAGAGGAGCAUUUUGAUCGGCAAGCGUCCGGGUCUGGGCGUCAGCAGCAUGAUCAAUCAGUUCAAAAACUACUCGCAGUCCAAGAAGACGGCGCUGCCCGCGACCCGACCCAGCGUGUUCAGCUCACCGGACGAUGAAGAGGACGAGGACAUUGAUGCGCACUAUCUGGAGGUCAAAGUUUCCCCCCCAGAGGACGGAGACCUGCGCCUCGUCGUCGACAAGAUGGCCGCGUUUGUCGCCGAAGGCGGUGCUGAGCUGGAGAAGAAGGCCAUGGAGGACUACAAAGACAAUCCCGUCUUCUCGUUCUUGUUUGAGAGGAGCAGCAAGGAGUAUCUGUACUACAGGAGGAGAGUGGCUGAGAUCAGACGAGACACUUCGGCUCAGAACGAUGUCUCCUCCUCAGUGGACGACAGCACCAGGAAGGUGGCGGAGAAACUGGCGCGCUUCGUGGCGGACGGCGGCCCGGAGGUGGAGAUCAUGGCUGCUCAACACAACCGAGACAAUCCCGCUUUCAGUUUCCUGUACGACUAUCAGAGCGCAGCUCAUCGCUUCUAUAAGGCUAAAGUGGACGAGUACCGUCAGGCCAAGACCAGCAGCGAGUCACAGACGGCCGCUCAGCCCGUCUCACAGGAACACACGCACACGCCCGCCGCCGCCAAGAGGAAGAGGAAGAGCCGCUGGGGAGCCGAGGAUGAUAAAGUGGAGCUGCCCUCACCGACACUCAUCAGCCCUGCUGCUCCAGCCGCCGGAUCCAACACUCCUGCUCUGACUGAUCAGGAGCUGAGCAGUCUGGGAUAUAAGAAGGGGAAGCCUGUCGGUCUGGUGGGUGUGACGGAGCUGUCAGACGAACAGAAGAAACAACUCAAAGAACAACAAGAAAUGCAGGAGAUGUACGACAUGAUCAUGAAGCACAAGCGUGCGAUGCAGGACAUGCAGCUGUUGUGGGAGAAAGCCAUCAAAAACCACCAGCACGAGUACGACAGCGAUGAGGAAGUGGAUCCCGAGGACGGAACCUGGGAACAUCGGCUGAGACAGAUGGAGAUGGAGAAGACCAGAGAGUGGGCGGAGCAGCUGACGGAGAUGGGCAAAGGGAAACACUUCAUUGGUGACUUCCUGCCUCCGGAUGAGCUGGAGAAGUUCAUGGAGACGUUUAAAGCUCUGAAGGAAGGCAGAGAUCCAGAUUACUCCGAGUACAAGGAGUUCAAGCUGACGGUGGAGAACAUCGGCUUCCAGAUGCUCAUGAAGAUGGGCUGGAAGGAGGGCGAAGGUCUGGGCUCAGAUGGACAGGGCAUCAAAAACCCCGUCAACAGAGGCAGCACGGCGGUGGACGGCGCAGGCUUCGGUGUGGACAGACCCGCUGAACUCACCAAGAGUGACGAUGAAUACGAUGCUUUCCGUAAGAGGAUGAUGCUGGCGUAUCGCUUCAGACCGAACCCUCUGAACAAUCCCAGGAGGCCGUACUAUUGAACGCAGCAGCAUCUCCUCUGGAUCCACCAUUCUUGUUUUGUCUUUUUUCUCAUAACAGGUUGAAUUAUGAUGUGCUUUAUUUCAAAGAAUAGAUUUUUUUUUCCACCCGUCUCGAGUUUGUUUUAAUGAGCCGUCACAGACUCGAGCCCUUCACGUGUUUCUGUUUGUUUCUUUAAAGAUGUUGAUUUAUUAUAUUACAUUUAUUCAAAACUGUAAAAGCCCACGAUAUAGUAAGCUGCGUAAUAUAAUAAUAACAUCAGUGCAAGUUCCUGGAUUUUAUGUCUGUUUUACCUGUUAAGGAGCACAGAUAUUACAAACAAAACCUGAUCGACUUCUUCGACCUGCACAAACCCUCUCGGUCGUUUUGGGCUCGUUACAGUCCUGAUUAAACUCAACCGUCUGUCAUUGACUCUGUGAGAUCAAUUAAACGUCUGUGCUCUCAA